AUGGUCAACUCUGGAUCUGCAACCAACAGCGUGACUGCCUCGUGUUCUUGCUAUGCCGUGCUUUCGUCGCAGAUCACAUCGUGUCGCUCAGUACGGCAGACGCCACUCGCUAUGAAGUCUAUUCAUGCAGAGUCGAUAUCCCUAGACGUGGCGUGGCACGUCUUCAAUCACAGCGAGCUCCAUGACCAGUCCGUAUUCGCACAAUGCUCGCGCACUUGGCAUUCGUUCUUCAACCCCAAGCUUUACCGAAAUGAUGUAAAAACGGGAAAGUACUCUGCCGUUUUCAACACCAUUGCCAACUGUAGAGAUACACGGGUGGCCCUCGCCACGCUCCGGCAUACCUUCCAAGCCGGCGCUGACUACAACAGACCGGCCACCAUGUAUAUGACCGAGAGCCAUCGAUAUAGCCCUUUCCUCGUUACGGCCCUGUAUCUGGCCGCUUCCAAAGGCUAUGCUGACAUUGUGUCGUUUCUCCUUGAUCACGGUGCCGAUAUCGAUGGUGUUCCGGACUGCCGGCUACGUACUCCUGUCUUUCUAUCUCUUCUCAGCGGAGACGCCCAAACGUCCAUGAUUCUCCUUCGGCGCGGCGCACGGCUUGAGUCUUCUGAGUUUGGAAUUAACGCCCUCCACCAAGCCGCCGCCGCCGGGCUCACCGAAGUAAUCACGUACCUUGUCGACGAGAAAGGGAUGGAAGUGAACGAGGCCGACAACAACGGGGACACGCCACUGAUUCACUCCCUGUUGUCUCCAUCGCCAGAAACGGUCAUAGGCCAGCUGGCGCAGUUCGGCGUCGACGUGAACCAGCCCACGACGAUCGACACAUGGCGCAUGACGGCCCUCAGCAUGGCGUGCGAGGACGGCAUGUUCUCCGCCGCCCUGGCACUGUUGAAGGCCGGAGCGGACGCCACGGGCGAGCUGGACGGAUUGGUCGAGGGGGCCGACCCAGCGCUCCGUAUAUUCGAUCAAAAGCCGCUCGAGCUAGCGCUCCUGGCCCGGGUCAAAGAAACGGAUGGCAGGACGGCAUCGGCGAAGCAACGACUCAUCGAACUCCUCCUCACGUCAGGCGCUGACCCAAACCAGGCGGUUUGCAUAUCGGCACGCUGCAACUGGACAGGGCCCCUCUUGCUGAAGCUGACUCGAGAGCGGCGCCGUUGGGAAGCCGAGAUGCUGCUUUCUUCGGGCUAUGUAGACAUUGACAGGCGCGACUCGCAUGGUGCGACGAGUCUCGAUUGGGCACUUUCGACAUGUCACGGCAACCCCGUGAUGGCGUCGAUCUUGCUGCGACGUGGUGCCAAGAUGGACGAUGCCGUGUUGUGCGACAUCAUCAGCAAGCUGGCGCGGCUUGCGGACGCACAAGACCACUGGAGUGUGAUCAACCUGUUGACGCGAGAGCCUAAGCUGUUGAAGAUAUUCCAUGUGCUGUAUUCGCACUGUUUUUGGGCAGCGUCCCGGGGCGGCGACGCUGCCG